AUGGACCAGAAUAGUAAUGGGUUUUUCGUUCGGCUAUGCUUGGUUACGGGAGCAGGUUUCCUCACGGCAGCAUACGAUUUAUUUGCAAUUAAUCUCGUGAGCCUGAUGCUCGGAUACGUAUAUUACAAAGAACAAAAGGAACUUCCUGUAAACACAGAUUUGUGUUUGAAAAUUAGCGGGCAGGUCGGCGCAAUCGUCGGUCAGAUACUUUUCGGGUAUUUAGCGGAUCAUUAUGGUCGGCGCAAGAUGUAUGGUGUGGAACUAAUGCUCACUAUAGGAGCAACAAUAAGUUCGACGUUAGUCGGUAAUAGUCCAAAAGUGUCAAUUAUCGGUAGUCUGAUUUUUUAUCGACUUAUUCUUGGUAUUGGGGCCGGCGGCAAUUAUCCACUCAGUGCAGUUAUCACGGCCGAGUUUCUCCCAGCAAGAAAGAGAGGAAGAUGGAUGGCAGGAGUCUUUGCCCAACAGGGCCUGGGAAUUCUUCUUGCGGCUGUGGUCUCUAUUGUCAUGCUCGGUGCAUACCGUUCUUCUAUCGAGGCAAAUGAGGAUAACUUAGAUUCCGUAUGGCGUCUUGUUCUUGGUUUUGGAGCCAUUCCAGCUUUAUUUGCACUCUUCUUUCGUCUCACUAUUCCCGAAACGCCCGUUUAUGAGAUAGAUGUCAGCGGAAACUCUGGACAGGCUGCCCUCGAUAUAGAUCAAAUAGAGGACACAAACACACGAGAGACAGUCUUGACCGAGUUUCGCAGCUUUUUCAGUCAAAAUAGAGAAUAUUUAAAAUAUUUAAUUGGGACGUGUGUUACAUGGUUUUGCAUCGACAUCUCCUUUUAUGGCAUUGGACUGAACAACGCGGCAAUUUUCAACGAAAUUGGAUUUGACGUCAGUAAAACGAACGACAGCGCUUAUACCCGACUGUUGAACGCCAGCAUUGGUAAUGUUAUUAUUACCUUGAUGGGCACUAUUCCUGGAUAUUUGAUGACCAUAGCACUUAUAGAUUAUAGAAGAGUAGGCAGGAUAAGGAUUAUGUAUAUCGGAUUUGCUGCGUCCACAAUUUUAUUGCUUACUUUCGGUCUGACAUAUAAGAAUAUUGUGAACAAUAGAGCCGCGUUUAUCGUCAUGUUUAUUUUGAUUCAGGAUCCAAACAAUGCAAACGAGUUUCUUGGACCACUUAUCACUACUUCCGCUAUUUUCAUGGUUAUUGGUCUGACAGUUACGUAUUUUUGCUUUAGUAAUAAGGAUGCUCAGAGAAAGUUAUCAGGGCCUUUGACAGACGAAAACGACGGCAGCGAACAGACGGACAGUGAAUGA